CCCUUUCCGGUGCGGUGACCCCAACAAAUCUGAAGAAGAAAUUAGAAAAUCUCCCUCUCUGUCCCCCUCCGUAUCUCAGUGACGCGCUUUCAUUCCUGAUCGGACAUUGUCCUCUCUGCUAAUCUGAGUCCUUCUGACGGUGAUAUGCAGCAAGCACAGAAAUAGAAAACGGAUGAUUUCAUCCCGGAAUUGAAUUUGAAAUCUUUCUCUGAUCUUUACCUUUGUUUUCAUUUCAUUUUCCCUAAUCCAAGAAAUGAAGGAUGAUGACACGCUUCCUACAACUACUGCUAAUGCGAAGAAGGAAAACGCGGAUUCAGGUCUGUUCGGCAGGGGGAAGUAUAAAUUCUGGGCGUUAGCUGCCAUUUUGCUCCUUGCAUUUUGGUCCAUGUUCACCGGUACAGUCUCUCUUCGGUGGUCAGGUAGUCUCAAUAGCUUAUCUAAUGACCUUGAUACUCCAAUCUAUGACGACCUCGACGUCCUCGAAAUGGAGGAGAGGGAGAAGGUGGUGAAGCACAUGUGGGACGUGUACACCAAUAGUCGGAUCAGGUUGUCGCGGUUCUGGCAGGAGGCAUUCGAGGCUGCGUACGAAGAGCUGACAAGUGAUGUGCCCGAAGUAAGAGACGCUGCCAUCACGGAGAUUGCUAAGAUGUCUGUGCGCUCAAUUAUUUUCGACCCACCUCCCGUACAGUCCUCGAGAGCAAGGGAAUUUAGUAAGAGCCUCAUUCAAGUUGAAAAUGGAAAAGCAGCAGUGACCUCUAAGCGUGCUUGAGAAGUGAGGAAUUUGUGAAACAUCCAAGGGGUCUAAUAUGUACAUGAAAAAAUGCUCAUCGCUACAACCAGAAGUUUAUGAAGAGGUGAUGGGCGAAGUAUUACUCUGAUUUACGUGCUUCCAUAAAAGUGAAAAAUGUGUAUUUUAUCAGGAUAUGGUCGAUCCCAGUUUUGCAGUCAAUUUCAGAAUCAUUGCAGUGUGAGGCUAGUAAAUUGUAAUACGAGAUUUUGGGAGACAUAGUCAACUUGAAGGAUUAUUAUUUUUAUCUCAUUUCAUAAAGAUCCUUGUAAUAGCAGGUCUGUUCUAAAUUUCCUUGGUAUCAUGCGGCACUGAAGUGGCCUGGAUGGUGGUUUUGUUGAA